GUGCGUUUUUUGAGCUCCAAAACGAGCAGAGGACGCUCUGACCGCCGUGGGUUUCCUCUGGCUGGAUUCGUCUUUUAUCCACAGGAGUCAGUGCCCCUCUCUCUAUCUCUACCCACUCCGGCCUUCAAGUGCUCCUCUCUUUAACAAAAUCCACCUCUACAUGCCAUGAACGACACUUUCUAUGUAUUCUGGAUAAGAAAUCGCUCCCUUCCGCUCUCUACAUUUAUUUCCUAACGCACUCUUCCCCUGCAUUCUCUAACCGAAAGCUCCAAGACGACGCGGUUGUGGUCUUCUUUCUCGGCAGGCCUUUCACUAUUCACUCCCUCGCAGCCGCAGACUGUAGAACCAAUAUAAGCGAGAUGGAGGUAGAUAAAGAAAAGUUGGGACAGGAUUCGCCCAAAGGUUCCGAUAUCGACCUUGUUGAUGCGAGUGUUCUACACCAAGAAGAUCCUACUACUAUCUCAAAGGAGGACGAUCAAAUUCAAAACCCUAGUAGUGAAAAUGGGAAAUCGGCGACCAAUGAGGAGGAUAAGACUCUCGUAUCGGCGGUUGAAGAUCAGGUUAUGAUUGAUGCUCAUGAUGAUAAGGCUACCAUUGAUGAUGGAAAAAUCGAUGGUGCCGAUGUUAAGGUUAAUGAAAAAUCGCUAGAAAGUAAAAGCAAUGGCACCGAUGGCCGCAUUGAAAUUCAUCUUGAAGCUACCACAACUCUUGACGCUGUGGGGUAUUCGUCCCCGGUAGCUCAAAAUAAGAAUGUAUGGUUGAGUGAUGUUGAGAUGUCCGAGGCCGAUGAAUGGGGGACGCCACAGGAGCAAGCUGCAUUCAUGAAGGAGCUGGAGCGUUUCUACAGGGAGAAGGCUCUGGAAUUUAAGCCCCCUAAGUUUUAUGGAGAGCCACUAAACUGCCUUAAGUUAUGGAGAGCUGUUAUUAGAUUGGGUGGCUAUGAUCUGGUGACUUCAUCCAAGUUAUGGCGGCAAGUAGGAGAGUCUUUCCAUCCCCCCAAGACCUGUACAACUGUCUCUUGGACAUUUCGCAUUUUCUAUGAGAAGGCACUUUUGGAAUAUGAGAAGCAUAAGAGGGAAACUGGUGAGCUUCAACUCCCUGGAUCCGUCCCUGUGUCUACAAGAGUUGAAAAGGAGGGAAGUGGCUACCAAGCUCCAGGAUCAGGUAGGGCACGGCGGGAUGCUGCAGCUCGUGCAAUGCAGGGUUGGCACUCCCAGCGACUUCUUGGAUAUGGUGAGGUUGCUGAGCCUAUUAUUAAGGACAAGAACUUAAAUUCUACACAAAAGCGUGAAAAGAAUCUCAAAAGUAUUGGUUUGCUCAAACACAAGUCACCGACCAGUCUGGAGCAUGGUGAGAAACUUGCAAUUAUUGAAGCAGAUAAGCAACUGGUCACAACAGUUGCUGAUGUUGGACCCCCAGCUGAUUGGGUGAAGAUUAAUGUGCGGGAAACUAAAGAUUGCUUCGAGGUAUAUGCACUAGUCCCUGGGCUACUGCGUGAGGAGGUGCGAGUUCAAUCAGAUCCAGCUGGACGUUUGGUUAUAACUGGUCAACCAGAGCAGCUUGAUAAUCCUUGGGGUAUCACACCCUUUAAAAAGGUCGUUAGCUUACCUGCGAGAAUCGAUCCACUUCAGACAUCUGCCGUUGUUAGCCUGCAUGGCCGGCUCUUUGUACGUGUCCCUUUUGAGCAAUGAUCAAUUUGAAUCUGAACCUUAUGGCCAGCUAAUCCAUUUUCUUGGAAGGAAUGCAAUUUAGGGCAUUGAGGCAGGAAGGUUUAGCUUAGAACUAAUUUUGUCUUUAUUAGAUCAGUCAUUCGUCCAAAAUACCAAAUUACUAUUUAAUGCAAGCUUUGGCUAAUUGUUUUCCAUGUAAAUUUCUCAGAUUAGUUUAGAGGACAAAUGAAUUGAUGAAAUCGAAGUAUGUUUAGUUGGUUUAUUUUAUUCUUUCCAGCUGUA